AUGUGGGGUACCGAGUGUCUUCCAGCAUCUACCAUCGAAAAUUUCUACUACUUGGCGACAAUGGAAAAUAACUACGACAAUGAAGUAUUUCUUGAAAACGCCAUUUGCGAGAAGGAAGUCGAGGUCGCUAAGGAGGAGCUGGAGGUUCAACCACUUGAGAACUUCAUGAAUUUGCAAACUAACGUGCAAAUGACACCGACGUUUGCUCCAACUUUGGCUUCCUACAGCCCAUACAUGCAGCAGAUGUAUAACUACUACCCAAGCUACACGUUUCCAUCGGCCACAUCUUGGACGCAACAUGGCUACGCAACUGUUCCUCCUCCUGUCCAAACACCGCCACUCAGCCCAUCAACCUCUUCCCAUUACGAUAAUGAAACGGUGUUGGAAGAGAAGCUUUCUCCUAUGAAAGUCGCAAAGAAACCGAAGCGCCAAACAAGCACAAUUCAUGCAAAAUGCAACAUUUGCCAACAAGAGGAAUUUAACACUGGACACAUGUCGAUGAUCAUGUCGCAUUUGGCUUUCCACGAAAAAAGUCUCUCGAGAUAUGCUUGUACCGGAUGUGGCUUCUCGUUUACCCGUCGAGACAAAGUCAAAGAGCACAUCGCCUCUAAAUGCGAAGGAGGAAAGCUCGAAAUCAAACAAGACCAAGCCUACAGAAGCAAACUUCGACGAUGGGCCGCCAAAUGCUUCCCGGAUGCACUCGUGGAAAGAAUCAUGGAUCAAUGUGCUAAAGAAGCCGAGAAGUUCAUCCGCAUGAACAAGGUCAAGGAGCAGACCGCAAACAGCAACAUGAUCACUUGCCGGAAAUGCCAAAAGGAAGUUCAAAACAGUCCUGGAAGUCGAACGCAUCACGCCAAAACCCAUUCAAACUUGAAACAGUAUCAAUGCUCUGAAUGUGGACAUCAAGGACAUAUGAAGGACAACCUCAAGGUCCACAGCAUCAAGCGUCACAAGCGACUUGUCGAAAUCGUCGAUCUAUACAACAACCAGAUGAUUGACGAAUAUGCAAGGCUACACGAAGAAUGCUUUCCACAAGAGGAUCGUCGAAAUGUCUCAAAGGCAACCACUGGUCACGCAGUCACUUACGAAGUAGAGCAGCCGCUUUUGGGAAUGGAACCGACGAGCACCUAUGGUUUUGCUGCGCAGUCAACGCCGAUGAAUUCUCCCUUUGCGACGUAUCCCUGGACGAUGCCUUCGAUGCUAUGGAGUGGCUUCCCACAAAUCAAUUCCCAAGUUGAGCAACUCAACAGCAACACCUAU